GCGUAGUCUUGCCUUGACGCAGCAUGGCGAGGGAAGACACGCGUGAAAGAAGACGAAAAACUUAACUACGAUGCAGCUUAUCAGACUUCCUGAUGAAUUACGACAUGCCAUCUUGGCUCUUACGUCCCCCUUGACUAAGGAACAGUCCAAGGGCGCGGUGGUGAUUAUGAAGCAUGUCGAGGCCGAACUUCAGGGUUUUUCGGGUAAAGAUCUCCCAGAGAAUGUGAAAAAAAUCAUUCAGGCACUUGUAUGCAAAUUAACAUCCAAUAAGAAAGAAGGCAUAUCCACUGGCCUUCAUACAAUCCUGAAACAGAAAGACCAGACAGUAGAGUUCACUUACACAACUCUAAAGACGGAAUUCGAUGGCAAAGUUACUAGAGAUGAUGAAUUAUAUGAUGUGCUGGUCUCAGAAAUCUUGGGAUACAGUGCUUUGGUACGGUCAGGACACCUUGGGAAACAUCCAGAAGUACUUAAAGACACUGUUGUGAGAUUGCUAGCCAUCAAAGAAGGGGGAGAGGCUAUUGACAUCAUGAGAACAACAUUGGUCAUGGAUAUUUUGGAAAGAUAUAGUGAUUCUCCAGUACAUGAUAUGGCAUUGGAACAAUUAAAGACUCUUGCUAAUGUGCCUAUGAAGAAAAUAAGGCCGUGUUUGUUGUGGAUCCGCUUAGUCUUAAUGAAGAAAUGUUCAGAUAUGCCUGACUGGCUCUCUUCUACACUUGAUGCCAGCAACUAUACAGCUCUUGGUGAAGUGCUCAAGACAUGUAAGGCAUUGCUUCCAAAAGUACAUCCAUUAAUAGAAGAGUUAGCCAGUGCCCUUGCAAGAAGUGGCACCAACACCAAGUUCCCAUUGGGGGAGUUUUGGAGGACCAUCUUUUAUUCUCGUUUACAUUCCUUAUCCAGUGAAGAUUUACAGCUAGCUCUAAUUUUCCUCAAGAUUCUUAUACCCAAAUUAAAGAGAAAGUCUGAGGUAACAACAGUUUUAGGAGAAAAGGUGAUCACAUUCCUGCUCAGAAAUGCCAAUUCCAACAAAGUUUUGAAGGCGGCACUCCCAGACUUAAGCAGAGUACUUGAACAGUUGGUUCAGAAUCAUGAGGACGAGGAAGAGGAAGUCCAGUUGGCUGUUGUUGAGGCAUUGAUACUGCCUCCAGGCACUAUACAGUUUGAUUCACUGACUAAAACCAACAUGGUGCAGAGGACUAUUAAACAUUUGACAGCCUCAGAUGUCAAGAAACUUAGUAACUAUAUCACAAAGCGUAUAGUGGGGAAGGAUGACCAAGAAGGGAUGUUUGCUGAAGUCCUGGCUCUCUUAUUAAUGAAUCCAAAGAUAAAGGAAGACGUCCCCUGGAAGACAGAACAACUGAAAACGCUGAUUAAAGCAACUCUGGUGUCACAGAAAAAGAAGACCAGUUAUCUCAGAAAUACCCUGAUGCAGGGACUCUAUCAAGAAUUACAGAGGGCUCCAUCUGCUUUGGCAUUUUUGAAACCAAUGGUUGAUUUCACUCACAAGGAAAUAGAGGCUUGCACUGAAGACAAUGGAUUGAUCAGUCCACAGAGCAAAGAACUAUGGGAUAAUGUCAAGAAGAAAAUUGCCAUAUUAAAUUCUAAACAAGCAAAAUGGCCAAAAAAUAGUAAUCAGGUUCUGAAGGUGCUGUAUUAUGCCAUGACUUUCUACAUCAUGCAAGAUUUCAUUGGAGCAAGUAAGCUUCUGGAAAAGCUUGAUGAAUGCCUCGAUGUAGCACAGAAGCAGGGAUCUAAACAAGUCACAAAAGGAGAAUUGCCCUGGGUGGUCACAGCAACAGAGUUGAUCCUAAAUUAUGCUCCGAGUGACAGCACUUUCAUCAGGGCAGUUGCUCAAUCUGCUUUCAGGUUGAUUGUACAUGACCAGACAACAGAGACGGUAUCAAUGAUCAUUGAUGCAAUUGUGCCUGAGGGCAUGGAGGAACAAGAUAUUGAGUCAUCAGCAGCUGCUAAAGACAUGACUGCUAAGUUGCGCUUAGAACUGGCACUUGCACAAGGAGAUCAUGAGGAUAUUGAUUUAGAUGAAGCUCCAGAGGAAGAACUGGAAAAGCUGGACAUAGCAAUGUCUGCAAUUUUUGCAAAGUACCGUGGAACCCUGAGAGAUAUACAUUUGGAGUGUAGAGCCUACGACUUAUUGGAGGUGUACAUUGAGCAGCACCCAAGCAUGGGGUUCACUCUAGGCUUGGUAAGACCUCUUCUGGUGACUUUGAAUUCUCUAGCCACCACGAGUGAAAAGGGGGAGAAGAAGAAUGACACCAGGAUCAUGAGGUUAAGGAAACUGCUUGAUGUUUUAGGAGAAAUUCAGAGUUUUGAAAAAGUAGACAUGAAUAUUUUAGAAAUGUCUGAGGAACUUGAAACCUUUGUGACCAGCACCAUUGACUAUAAGUUUGCGCUUAGCAGACAUAUAGCAAAUUGCCACACACUGAUGAUUAGGUGCAGCUUGCAGAUAUUGGGAGAAACUGCACACCGGAGCAACCCAAUCAUAGAUUUAUUUUCGGAGCACUUAUUCUUCAUGCUAAACAAGAAAGAACCUGAAAAGAAAAUCCUAAUGUAUUCUGGAGCCUGCUCACUUGACUGGGGUGCCCUGUGGAAACUGAUGAAAGAUAUGAUGGACUUUGCAUUUGAGAAAAAUAACAAAUACUUUGGGAGGACAAAUGCUUUGUGUGUCCUCUCACUUCUGUUCAAAAAUAAAGCUCUCUUCAGUCGAGGCACUACUGCUGAAGCAAAGCAGCUAGGAGAAUCUGUGUCCCAGAGUCUUCUUGGAAUUCUCAAAAAGUUCAACCUUAGACAGCAAGCGCGUUUUGUGUCCCGCCUAUUUGAAUUUAUGAUUGUCCUGAGAGAGAAUCAUAGGGAUCCUGAUACUUCAGGAAUUAGAUGGGAGGAGAUCCUGGUUGCAGUAAGAGAUCUUGAUAAGGAAAUUCCAACUGCAAGUCGAUCACCACUGAGGGUCUAUUACAAAGAAUUGGUCAGGGCAUUGCACAGAGAUCCUAAUCAGCAGGCUGCAGACUCAGAAGGUGCAAAAGCACAAGCGUCUCAAAAGGGACAAAAGAAAUUCCUUGGCAAGAAGGGUAAAGUGAAGAGAAAACGAGCAAGCCAGAAAAAGAGGGCAAGGAGAUCAGAGGCGUAAAUAAUCUCUGACAAUAGUACUGUUUUUCUUUUUAAGAUAUAUGUUGCAUCAGGUCAGAAGCUCUAUGUAUGAUUAUAAUGAAGAAUUAUCUUUAACAGUGA